AAUCAUUCAGUUAUAUCCAAUUUUAUCAUUUACCAUUUGUAAUAUGGCGUGUGAAGUUUGAAAUUUGUGUUAAAAAAAAUAUGUGAACAUUUUCGUCCUUAACUGUAGCUAGUCCAAUUGGAAACGUACAAAGAGGAAAAGUAUAAGGGACAGGGAGUGAUAAUUGAAGAUAAUAUGUUGAACCAGACGAGCACGGAAGCCGCGUUCUCGGCCACAUACGUGGAUAACUACUUAGAUUGUGUGGAAAACCUCCCCAACGACCUGCAAAGAUUGAUAUCCAGGAUGCGAGAACUGGACGUUAACUUCAUAGCGCACGUUCGAUUUGCCCAAUUUCAGAAGGACUUGCUGGAUAGUACAGGGCUUGAAAACAAUGCUCGCGUUUCUAGGGCCUACUUCAAGAUGCAGCAAGCUCUGAUCGCUGCCCAGGAGAUUGGAGAUGAGAAGAUGAGCCUUGUGCAGACCAUCCACGGCACCAUUGAGUCCAAAAUGAGAAUGCUAGAACAGAAUCACAGAAGUUUAGAUAUUGGAAAAGAUGAUAAUUCAGUGAGUGAAAGCAAAGAACCACAAACGACCAUAAACAAUGCGACGACAACGCCUGUCGUCCCUUCUAGCGAAAGGACAACGAAAAGAUCGCGACGUUCAAGGCACGACACCUUCACCGGUUUGGACUCAAAUCAAAGCGAUAAUGCAGUCGCGGAACACGUACUCCGAAGCCAGGUGUCGACAUCGAACGCCGCGAAUACCAGCACCAGCAAUAAGAAGACCAACAACAAAGCUGGUAGCAAAAAGGGUAAAAAGAAGACAAAGUCAAAUCAAGUGCAACGUGAAGAGACGCCUCCAAGGGAGGAGGAGACGACAAUAGAUCCUGACGAGCCUACCUACUGUUUGUGCGACCAAAUUUCCUAUGGCGAGAUGAUCAUGUGCGAUAAUGACCUGUGUCCAAUUGAAUGGUUCCAUUUUUCAUGUGUUACUCUUACAACUAAGCCAAAGGGACGUUGGUAUUGCCCAAAGUGUCGGGGUGAUAGGCCCAAUGUGAUGAAAGCAAAAUCGCUUUUCCUCAAGGAGUUAGAAAGAUAUAACAAAGAGAAGGAGGAAAAAACAUAAUAAAGAUAACUUAACCAUUCGUCGUCGCAAGUGAUGUUGGUGGAUUUCCAGUUGAUUGCUAUCGUGUUUGAAGUUUUAAAAUGACGGAUGGACGUUUUCCAGGACCAAUAAAAUUCAUUGUCGCAUCACUUUAAAAGUCAGCAACAUCCUAUAAGAAACUUGGUUGGACUGUUUCGAAGAGGACGUUAUCUAAAGUCGUGGUAACGUUUCAGGGCAAUCAAAAUAUCUUGAGGCGGCUCCUAUUAAUAUUAAAUAUAUUUACAUCAAUUCGAAGUAGCUGUAAUGCGUUUACUUCUGAUUGUGUGAACAACAUAAACAUAUUAAUUUAAAAUAAUAGCGACCUUUUUAAAGUUGUGAAACUGUUUAAUAAGAUUUUAAUUAAUGUCCAAGUGAACGACCAUACUUGGCAUUUCCUAGAAGAUAUAUUUUUUCAAAAUGAGUAAUUGUGACUACAGAGUUUUGAUAUAGUCAAUUUAUUUGUUUUUCGUGUAAUGAUACCCAGGUCUGUCCAAAUGAGGACCUUUUAAAAUUUAUAAUAAAAAUAUUGUUCGAAAAUCACA